AUGCUGAGCAUCUGUUGGACAUUAAGAGGCUAUCUGUUGGAGUUCACUAAUCACCCUCGAUGUUUCCACCCACCAAAGCAAAGGUUUUUUAUGAAGUUAAAAUUUUUCCCAUCAUUAUGGUGGCUGCUUCUGGGGACAUUAAUCUUUCCAAAUCAUACGCGCACUUUAGCUUUCAAGAUCGGAGUCGUUGGACCAUGGAACUGUGACCCCAAUUUUUCCAAAGCUCUUCCCAGUAUGGCUGCCAAGUUGGCAGUUGAUAGAAUCAACCAGGGUGGUUCCUUAUACAACAGACACAAGCUUGAAUAUGUAGUGCUUCAAGAUGAUUGUCAGACUUCAAAGGCACUCAGUGAUUUUGUGGAGUUUGAGAAACGUGCAUCUGUAUUUUUGGGUCCAGUGAACCCAGGCUAUUGUGAGGCAGCUUCACUGAUGGGCAAGAACUGGAAUAAGGGAAUAUUUUCAUGGGCUUGUGUUAACUUUCAGCUUGAUAAUGCCAACAGCCACCCUACAUUUGUGAGGACCUUGCUACCACCUGUCAGAGUUUUGUAUUGUGUGAUGAAACAUUUUCUCUGGGCUCAUAUUGGUAUAAUAUCUUCAAAUGAAAAUAUCUGGGUAGACACGGCCAACAAAGUAGCCAAUGCUCUCAGAUACAAUGGACUUCCAAUUGGCAUUGUCACCUCGAUGGGAUUCACAGAUGAGGAUAUUGUGAAAACCUUAACGAAGAUUAGAAAUGUUCCUGACCUUCGAAUUAUAAUCAUGUGCAUGCACUCGGUUCUCAUUGGAGGUGAGGAGCAGGCAGUUCUCCUGCAGAAAGCCCAUGAGAUGGGGUUGACGAAUGGCAGGUUUGUUUUUGUACCGUACGACACCUUACUCUACAGUCUUCCUCACAAGAAUGCGUCUUACUCUGUGCUGAUGAACAACAGCAAGCUGCGAGCGGCGUACGACGCUGUUUUGACAAUAACAAUAGCGUCAGAAGAGAUUAACUUCUACGAGGCAUUCAUAAAGGCACAAGAAAACGGGGAAAUAGCGACAUCCCAGCAGCCAGAGCAGGUUUCACCUCUCUUUGGAACAAUUUACAACGGCAUUUACUUCAUUGCCAAGGCCAUGGAGAAUGUUCAGAGAGAUGGGCUCCACAUAUCAGGGAUGACUCUUGCCAAAUACACCAAGAACUUGACAUUCGCUGGUUUUAAUCAGAAGAUCGGGACCAACAGCCGAGGUGAAGGGAUAGCGAACUACAUCAUCUUGGACACCGAUGGGAGAAGUCACCACCUAUCACCCACCUACACUCUCAAUAUGGCAACCGAAAUGGUGGAGGACAGGGGCAUCACCAUUCACUUCCCUGGGGGGUCAUCUCCAGGUGCUGACUCCAGCUGUUGGUUUGAUCCAGAUACUAUUUGCACAGGAGGUAUUGAGUUAACAGUCGUCAUAUUGGCUUUUGGGUUCAUCAUUGCUCUUGUGCUGGGUGGACUAAGUCUCUCGUACAUCAUCAGGCACCGAGUUCAGCAGAUACAGAUGAUGAAAGGGACAAAUAAGAUCAUAAUGACCCUCGAGGACCUCACUUUCUUCAACCCACAGCUCAGCAAAAAGAAAGUAUAUCUGGAUGAUUCGAGUGAUGGAAGAAGCUUAUCUGAGAGGAAAAGUCUUAAAUCCGGGGCGCAUUCGCUAUCUGGCAAAAGUUUGACAGCAUUAACCUAUGAGAACUCAAACGUAGCGCUAUAUCAGGGAGAUUGGGUCUGGCUAAAGAAAUUUCACUCUGGAAGUCUCAGUGAUAUACAGAAAGCUACAACCAAAGUACUCAGAAAGAUGAGAGACUUGCGCAAUGAGAACGUGAACCCGUUUCUGGGUUUCCUCUGUGACAGCGGAGCAUUAGCCAUCGCGACUGAGCACUGCUCCCGAGGAAGUCUUCAUGAUCUCCUCAGGAACGAUGAUCUGAAGCUCGACUGGAUGUUCAAAUCCUCCCUCCUAAUGGAUUUAAUCAAGGGAAUGAAGUAUCUUCACCACCGAGACUUUGCCCAUGGGCGCCUGAAAUCCCGGAACUGCUUGGUGGAUGGGCGGUUUGUGCUGAAGAUUGCUGACUACGGGUACCUAGAUUUAUUGGAGACGCAAAAAGCUCCAUGGAAGAAGCCACCACCAGAAGAGUUAUUUUGGACAGCUCCUGAGUUCCUGAGAAAUCCCGAGUUGGCCGUGAGGGCAUCUAUGAAAGGAGACAGUUAUAGUUUUGCCAUCAUUUUGCAGGAAGUGGUGGUUCGAGGGUCUCCUUACUGCAUGUUAGGCCUCAGCCCUGAAGAGAUUAUUAAGAAGGUGAAGAAGCCACCCCCUAUGUGUCGACCCACGGUCUCUCCAGACCAAGCCCCAAUGGAGUGUAUUCAAUUGAUGAAACAGUGCUGGAGUGAUCAACCUGAGAGGAGACCUACCUUUAAUGAGAUCUUUGACCGAUUUAAAACCAUAAACAAGGGGAAGAAGACAAACAUCAUUGACUCAAUGCUCCGCAUGCUUGAACAGUACUCCAGCAAUCUCGAGGAUUUAAUCCAUGAGCGUACCGAAGAACUAGAAGUAGAGAAACAGAAAACUGAGAAACUUCUAUCACAGAUGUUGCCUCCGUCUGUUGCUGAAGCCUUGAAAAUGGGCGGGAAUGUGGAACCUGAAUAUUUUGAUCAGGUGACGAUCUACUUUAGUGACAUUAUUGGCUUCACAACCAUAUCAGCAUUGAGUGAGCCUAUACAGGUCAUUGACCUCUUGAAUGACCUCUACACUUUGUUUGAUGCUGUUUUAGGCAAUCAUGAUGUUUACAAGGUUGAAACCAUUGGCGAUGCCUACAUGGUGGCAUCAGGGCUCCCAAAGAGAAAUGGCAAUAAGCACGCUGCUGAGAUAGCCAACAUGUCCCUGGAUAUCCUCAGCUCAGUGGGUACCUUCAAAAUGAGACACAUGCCUGAUGUCCCCAUCAAGAUAAGAAUAGGGAUGCAUUCAGGGCCAUGUGUGGCUGGAGUUGUGGGACUCACCAUGCCCAGAUACUGCCUCUUUGGAGAUACAAUUAACACAGCUUCACGCAUGGAAUCUACAGCCCUGCCUUAUCGAAUUCAUGUCAAUCAGAGCACAGUAAAAAUCCUCCACAGUUUGAAUGACGGCUAUCGAAUACAGGUCAGAGGGAAAACCGAGUUGAAGGGUAAAGGCAUACAAGAAACCUAUUGGCUUGUAGGAAAAGAUAACUUUACUGCACCUUUACCUGAACCUCCAGCAAUCAAACCAGGGUAA